AUGCUUUCCGCGCUCGGCGCAAGCUCCAAAACCGUGCUGCGCGCGGACGUGCAGCCAUGUGCGCCAUGCCACGCGCACCGCCUCGAAGUCGCGCACCACCUCUCAGCGACCGCGCUACUCUCGCAUUCCGCAGUCCCGCAAGCGCACCAGCUGCGCGCGCUCAGAUCAUCCGCGCUCUUUCCUUGCCCCGGGGGCCGCGCGGACAGGGGGCGCAAGUCCGCGGUUGUUCGUGUGAGCGCCGAAGCGGAGACUCCGCAGAGCGAGCGGCUCCAAUUGAACGGCUCGGUGCUGCGCGCGGACCCGCUGUGGUCGGUGGUGACGGAGCAGGUGGCGAUUGGCGGGAGCGUCACGACGGCGGGCGCGGAGGAUGUGCGCACACUGCAGACGCAGUUCGGCAUGACGGCCGUCGUUAACGUUGAGGAGGAGAGCGCAAUGAAGGCGCGCGGCAGCAGCUGGGACGAGGAGCGACGACGGCUGGAGGAGCAAGGCGUGGUGGCCGUGUGGGUGCCCGUGAAGGAGCACGACGCCACGGAACAGGCGCUGAUGCUGCCGCAGGUGGUGCGGGUGGUGGCGGCGCUGGUGGCGGCGGGGCACACGGUGCUGCUGCAGUGCUCGGCGGGCGACCGCAUCUCGCCGCUCAUCGCCAUCGGUUAUCUCAUGUUCGUGCGCGCCAUGCCCGCGGACGCCGCCUCGGCGCUGGUGGCGGAGAGGCGCGCCGGCAUCAGCCCGCCCAUGGGCGUGCUCACGGAGGCGAUGGAGAAGGUGUUGGCGGGGGCGACGGCGCGAGUGAUAGAGAUCGCGGAGAGCAUCUACCGCCAGCGCGUGCGCACGGGGCAGCCAGGCGACUCCAACUCCGACUGGGUGCAAGCCCAGCGCGCGUACAUCAACGAAGCCUUUGCGAAAUGGCUCGCUGCUGACGUCAGCUUCGCAGAGUCUAUCGCCCAGGCGGCGGAGCGCAAGGCGAGGGAGCAGCAAGCAGCAGAGGAGGCGGAGCGGAGGGCUGCUGGUCCCGCCAAGCGCCUGCUGACGCCCAUCCGCUGGAGCGACUCCGCCAAGGCCCCCGCGCCCGCGCAGUCCGCCCCCCCCGCGGCGGGCGCGGGGAGCAGCGAGGUACUGGCGGCGGCGAACCGGCGCGUGGCGGCGCUGAGCAAGGAGCUGGAGGGGGUGACGCGCGUGGCGGACGAGCAGGCGGCGACGCUUCAGCGCGCGGGGCAGCAGGUGGCGGAGCUGACGGGGCAGGUGGAGGCGCUUCAGCGCAAGGAGCGGCUGUACACGGAGGCGCUGGCGCAGGCGAAUGAGCGUAUGGAGCUGCUGGGGGAGCGCAUGCGCGCUGUGGAGGCGGAGGGGCGCGCGGAGAAGGAGCGCCUGGAGGGCGAGGUGAGCUCGCUGCGCGCGCGCGUGGAGGCGGACGAGCAGCGCGGCGGGCGCGCGGCGACGGUGAUCCAGGGGCUGCGCAUGGAGCUGCAGGCCGCGAAGGAGGAGGUUAAGGAGCAGUGGGCGGCGGUGGCGCGCGCGGAGAAGAGCAUUGACGCGCUCACCGCGCGCGUUAAGGAGGAGGAGCAGCGCGCGCAGCGCGCGGAGGCGGCGGCGCUGGCAGCGGAGGAGGACAAGCGGCGCGCGCUGCGGGAGCUGGAGGGGGCGAAGGGCGAGAGCGUGAGCGAGUCGGCGGAGGCGCGCGAGCGCAUGGCGGCGCUAAGCGCGCAGGUGAAGCAGCUGAGCGAGCGGCUAAAGGCGGCGACGGGCGUGGCGGAGAAGGCGACGGGGCGCGCGGACGUGCUGGAGAAGCAGGUCGCGCAGCUGGAGGCGCGCGCGCGCAAGGCGGAGGAGCAGGAGGCGGUAUCCGCGCGCGCAGCGGCGCUGCUGACGGAGCAAGUAAAGACCCUGGAGGGCAGCGCGGCGGAGGCGGGCGCGCGCGUGGGGCAGCUGAGCGCGGAGCUGGAGCGGCUGCGGCUGCGCGAGGCGGAGCGCGCGGCGGAGGGCGUGGCGAGCGGGGAGCGCGCGAAGCAGCUGAUGGCGCUGGUGAAGGAGCUGUCGGAGAAGGAGGCGCGGCAGCGCGCGCGCACAGAGCACGUGGAGGCGCAGCUAGCAGAGCUGCGCAACCAGGACUCAGAGCUAGCGUCGCGGGCUGCGGUGUUCUCGGCCCAGAUGGAGGAGAUGGCCCGCCAGCUGGCGCGGCUGAACGCGGAGCUGGCGUUUGCGGAGGGGCGGGAGGGAGAGGUGCAGGAGGCGUGGCGCGCGCAGCUGGGCGCAGCGAGCGACGUGAUGGGCGCCAUGGGGCCGGAGGCAGCAGCGCUGGCGGCAGAGAGAGGCGUGGAGAUGGAGAUGGAGCAGGCUGAGGGGCAACCGGGCGAGCUGCUCAGGCAAGUGCCCACCACGCCUGUUCACAGGGGUGCUGGCGGCUGGUGCUGUGCUGCCCUCACCUCUCAUCCCUCACCUCUCACCUCUCAUCCCUCACCUCUCAUCCCUCACCUCUCAUCCCUCACCUCUCAUCCCUCACCUCUCAUCCCUCACCUCUCAUCCCUCACCUCUCAUCCCUCACCUCUCACCUCUCAUCCCUCACCUCUCAUCCCUCACCUCUCAUCCCUCACCUCUCACCUCUCAUCCCUCACCUCUCAUCCCUCACCUCUCAUCCCUCACCUCUCAUCCCUCACCUCUCAUCCCUCACCUCUCAUCCCUCACCUCUCAUCCCUCAUCCCUCACCUCUCAUCCCUCGCCUCUCAUCCCUCGCCUCUCAUCCCUCGCCUCUCAUCCCUCGCCUCUAACCUCUCAUCCCUCGCCUCUCACCUCUCAUCCCUCGCCUCUCACCUCUCAUCCCUCACCUCUCAUCCCUCACCUCUCAUCCCUCACCUCUCAUCCCUCACCUCUCAUCCCUCACCUCUCACCUCUCAUCCCUCACCUCUCAUCCCUCACCUCUCAUCCCUCACCUCUCAUCCCUCACCUCUCAUCCCUCACCUCUCAUCCCUCACCUCUCAUCCCUCACCUCUCAUCCCUCACCUCUCAUCCCUCACCUCUCAUCCCUCACCUCUCAUCCCUCACCUCUCAUCCCUCACCUCUCAUCCCUCACCUCUCAUCCCUCAUCCCUCACCUCUCAUCCCUCACCUCUCAUCCCUCACCUCUCAUCCCUCACCUCUCACCUCUCAUCUCUCACCUCUCAUCUCUCACCUCUCAUCCCUCACCUCUCAUCCCUCACCUCUCAUCCCUCACCUCUCAUCCCUCACCUCUCAUCCCUCAUCCCUCACCUCUCAUCCCUCACCUCUCAUCCCUCACCUCUCACCUCUCACCUCUCAUCCCUCACCUCUCAUCCCUCACCUCUCAUCCCUCACCUCUCAUCCCUCAUCCCUCACCUCUCAUCCCUCACCUCUCAUCCCUCGCCUCUCAUCCCUCGCCUCUCAUCCCUCGCCUCUCAUCCCUCGCCUCUCAUCCCUCGCCUCUCAUCCCUCGCCUCUCAUCCCUCGCCUCUCAUCCCUCGCCUCUCACCUCUCAUCCCUCGCCUCUCAUCCCUCGCCUCUCAUCCCUCGCCUCUCAUCCCUCGCCUCUCAUCCCUCGCCUCUCAUCCCUCGCCUCUCACCUCUCAUCCCUCGCCUCUCACCUCUCAUCCCUCACCUCUCAUCCCUCACCUCACCUCUCAUCCCUCACCUCUCACCUCUCAUCCCUCACCUCUCACCUCUCAUCCCUCACCUCUCACUUCUCAUCCCUCACCUCUCAUCCCUCACCCCUCACCUCUCAUCCCUCACCUCUCAUCCCUCAUCCCUCACCUCUCAUCCCUCACCUCUCAUCCCUCGCCUCUCAUCCCUCACCUCUCAUCCCUCGCCUCUCAUCCCUCGCCUCUCAUCCCUCACCUCUCAUCCCUCGCCUCUCAUCCCUCACCUCUCAUCCCUCACCUCUCAUCCCUCACCUCUCAUCCCUCACCUCUCAUCCCUCGCCUCUCAUCCCUCACCUCUCAUCCCUCACCUCUCAUCCCUCAUCCCUCACCUCUCAUCCCUCACCUCUCAUCCCUCACCUCUCAUCCCUCACCUCUCAUCCCUCACCUCUCAUCCCUCACCUCUCAUCCCUCACCUCUCAUCCCUCACCUCUCAUCCCUCACCUCUCAUCCCUCACCUCUCAUCCCUCACCUCUCAUCCCUCACCUAUCAUCCCUCACCUCUCAUCCCUCACCUCUCAUCCCUCACCUCUCACCUCUCAUCCCUCACCUCUCAUCCCUCACCUCUCAUCCCUCACCUCUCAUCCCUCACCUCUCAUCCCUCACCUCUCAUCCCUCACCUCUCAUCCCUCACCUCUCAUCCCUCACCUCUCACCUCUCAUCCCUCACCUCUCAUCCCUCACCUCUCAUCCCUCACCUCUCAUCCCUCACCUCUCAUCCCUCACCUCUCAUCCCUCACCUCUCAUCCCUCACCUCUCAUCCCUCACCUCUCAUCCCUCACCUCUCAUCCCUCACCUCUCAUCCCUCACCUCUCAUCCCUCACCUCUCAUCCCUCACCUCUCAUCCCUCACCUCUCGCCUCUCAUCCCUCACCUCUCGCCUCUCAUCCCUCACCUCUCACCUCUCAUAUCUCAUCGCGGCGGCGGUGAGGGAGCGCAGUGCACGGCUGAUAGAGGAGACCCACCACAUGCGCCAGCAGCUCGACCAAGCACGCACCCAGGUGCAGGAGGUGGGGGCAGCACAGGGCGAGGAGGGGGCAGCAGCGCGGCUGAGGGAGUACGUGGAGGCAGCAGAGGCGAUGGCGGUGGAGCAGAAGCAGAAGCUAGUGGACCGCGUGCACUCACUGCAGUGGCUGCUGGGCGCCACCAUCGCCCUCGCUGUCAUCAUCCCUGCCACUGCCUUCUAUUCCUUUUUCACAGACGACUCACACGCCAUCCAGGUGGAGAUGCUGAGGUCACGCCUGGCAGCAGCAACGAGCGGGCGGCAGGAGCUGGAGAGUGCAGCAGUCAAGGCGGAGGCCAGCAAGCGGGCAGCGCUGAGCGCAGUACAGACCCUAGAGGAGGUGGUGGAGGCGCAGCGCGGGUCGGUGGAGCGCCUACAGGCGCUCAUUCCCCUGGUGGCGCCGUCCAUCCAGUCAGAGCAGGCAGCGCGCUUCUGUGCCAACGUGCCUGUCGAGUACCAGUCCCCCGUCACCCAGCGAUUCUGCUCCGAUAUCGCGCCGCCUUCUGACAACGCGCCACCCUCCGACUCUGCACCGCCUGCUACCGCACAGGACACCUGA